AUGGACGACUUGCUCAUGUACCUUAAUCGACAAGAAAAUAUUCCAACGGAUAUUCCUGCAACUGAACAGCUACUCAGUCCUUUGUUCACAGGCGUCAUCGACUACAAUUUUGAUCUAUUACAAAGCCCAUCGUAUCAAUUAAAUUUUUCUAGCAACUCACUUUCCGCUGCCGAACCAUCUGAAAAUGAACUCCUCAGUAUUCAAGACAACUGUCCCAACCUUGCAAACACGUCUGAUAUCAUCACACAGCCCAGUUCAAUUAACUUCUCGGAAACUACCGCUAAGCAAAGUACAACUUCUCCACAGAGUUUGAGCAACAUUCAGAUGUUUGUUCAACCCAAACAAAAUCAACGACCCUGCUAUGCAUCAGAUUUCAAGGACAAGCCUCCACGGUACAUUCGUGGGGUGCAUACAGAACUCAAUCGAAAGACCUAUGACUAUCCAGCUGUCAGAAUUCCAGACAAUUAUCUCACUUCUAAUCGGAUCUUCUGGAUUCGUGUUUCGCUAAUGACGGUGGAGCUGGCAGACGGAAAGCGUUAUAUUCAUCCGUAUACUUUACAAACGCCAAAUACUCCCGACUGGUUAGACGAACGAAAGAAACACACAAGUGUCUAUUAUCCGAUCACGGAGACUUCCGUGGAUUCGAAUGGAGUGAUGGUAUUUAAUAAGCUUGUGGUAACUAAACGCAAACAAGAGCAGCUCGAAAAGUAUGGAGAUUUAAUUUCACUUCAGACAGAUGAAGAAUGUCCAAACACAGGGAAGCCAGAUGCGAAGCAAAUGAUAGGUGAUUAUCAACUGAAAAAGUCACAGUUAGCCUUCAGUGUGUAUGAAGACGUAGGCCAAAGUCAGUAUCAUUACAUGGAAACAAUAUUCUCGGGCGUGAUGCAAGAAGGGAAAGAAGUACGGUCAGAGGAAAGUCAAAAGACUCGAACAACUAGUGUUACGCGUGUAUGUCAUGAUGAAUUCCACAGUACAAAUAAAAUAAGCGAUGUGAAUGAGUGGGAAUUUGUGGAAGGCAUAGGUGAGAAUAGUUGCGGCACUGGGCUGAAACAGUACUAUACAGUGAAUGUGGACAAAAAUGCACGAUUUGGUGAGAAUGGUCAUCUGAUCAUCGAAGCACGUAAAGAGAAGUGUAGAGGAUGUGAAUAUACAUCUGCUCGACUGAGAAGCAAACAAUCAUUUCGAUACGGUCGCUUUGAGAUCCGUGCUAAGUUACCUUCUGCUAAAGGAACAUGGUCUUCUUUUACUCUCUUUCCUGCUGUAUACACCCAUGACCGUGCAAUGUGGCCAGAUAAUGGCGAAAUCAGUCUCAUGUCACAUGUUGGACGUGAUCCAACAACGAUUCGAUCAUCGGUUUACACCAAAUCAAACAAUCCAUCACAGAACAAUACUCCUUCCAAUACAGCUGAAGUACUUGAUGCAACGAUAUACUUUAAAACUUACACACUAAUUUGGUCUCCCGAUGAGAUCGAAAUGUUUGUUCGAUUGAACGAUGAAGAUAAGGAUGAUCGUCGCAUUCUGAUAUGGGAAAAACAAGACAGAGACUGGCAGUUUUGGCCGUUCGAUCAAGAAUUUCAUCUGGAAAUUUUUCUCGCUGUUGGUGGAGAUGUAGCCGGCAAUGAGAUAGACGAUCAUCAAUUCCCUGCGCGUCUCGAAAUUGAAUAUGUUCGUUUCAAGCCGAUGGGUGAGGGUGAAGAGUGA